UGUUCCUGUCAGUGAAUGGAGUUUGUGUGUCACAUGACCUUCUCAUCACAGCAAUACGGCCUCUACACCCGCACCCGGCUUGGAUUCCUCUUCUACAAGAGACAGCUGAGGAAGGCGCGAGAGCGAUACCCGCAGGGGCACUCCGCCACCCAGGCCAUAGUUUUCAGUGGGGUUAAAGUUCUGCCGAUCCCAGUCCUAUCUGAUAACUACAGCUACCUGGUCAUAGACACAGCGACUAACCUGGCCGUGGCCGUGGACCCCUCUGAUCCCAUUGCUGUACAGAGCUGCCUGGAGCGGGAGGGCGCCGUGCUGGAGGCCAUCUUGUGUACACAUAAACACUGGGAUCACAGUGGAGGGAACAAGGCUCUGAAGAAGCUGCACCGCUCCUGCCGCAUCUACGGGAACGCCUGCGACGACAUCCCAGAACUGACGCAUCCUCUGUGUGAUCGGGAGCAGUUGGCGGUCGGGCGGUUGCAGUUUCAGGCAUUCUUCACUCCGGGUCACACUGUUGGUCACAUGAUUUACGUUCUGGAUGGGAAAUCUGGAGACGGACCGGACUGCCUGUUCUCCGGGGACCUCCUCUUCCUGGCCGGCUGUGGAAGAAUGUUUGAGGGCUCGGCGGGAACCAUGCUGGCGUCACUGGACACGGUGGCCUCUCUGAGUGACAGCACACUGCUAUGGCCCGGUCAUGAAUAUGCAGCAGAUAACCUCAUGUUCGCCGCCGUGGUGGAGCCCGAUAACGCUGCGCGCGACAAGAAGUUCCAGUGGGUCGUCCAGCAAAGACUGGAAAAGAGAAGCACGUGCCCGUCCACACUGGGAGAGGAGAAGGAGUACAAUCCGUUCCUGCGCACUCACUGCCGUGAUCUGCACGUGGCCCUAGACAUGCAGCGCGCGCCCGACCAGGACUGGAGUCAUUUCCGUUCUCGGGUCCUAGAGGAAGUACGGAGGAGGAAAGACUUAUUCAAGGGCCGGUAGUCAUGUGAUCUCUGCAAUAAGGACCAGAUGAACGCUCUACAGACAACGUGUCCUGCUGGGACUGUCAUGGCGGACGUGAGAUCAAGACGUUUGCAAAUCCAAAACCUUUCUACACAUUUUGUACAGACAACCAACACCUGAGCGCUACAUGAGAACAUGCAUGGCUCCGCCCACCGGACUAUGGCGCUGUUCUGCCCCGCCCACCUCUGACUAUGGCGCCGUCUCGUCAUCUGUGAUGGUCCGUACAUCCAGAUCUCAACCAGUCAAAUGUUUGUGACGGACGCUCGGAAUAAACAACGCCCCCUCUCCUCAGCUUGUGCGCAGUAUUAGGCUCCUUCCACACUAUAAAAUUAAUCCGUUUUAUGUUCCGUUAUGAAAACCCUUAAAAUCGUCCGUUAAACGUUAAAAUCCCUUUA